AUGUCCGAGCCCACCACCCCUCCUUCUCCUAACAAAUUCAACUUCAUCGACACUCUUCCCACCUCCCCAUGUGGUCGUGGAGCCAUUAUGUCAAGGCCCCCCCCCCUCGUCAUUCAAAUCUCGAACUCCGAUAAAUUCAGGAGGAGAGUGGCGUCAAUAUUUGAGUCGCUCUAUGACGAAGAGCCUAAUACCAAGUGUAAGGCCGAGCCUGAGAAGGUGAUUGAACUUGCUUCUCCAUUAUGGAAAGAUGCAGCUCUUGAGCUCGUCCCUGGAAACGAACCGGAAGUUGAAGAGAACAAGAAGGCACUCGGAAAGCCAGAAGUUGAUCGUAUCGAAGUGGUCGACGGACAUCUUGCAAAGGAAUUGCCCCCAUCGCUGGAGUCGACAGACACCGAAUCACUCGAGAAAGCCGCGGAGGAGGUCUUAUCAGUGGCUUUUACAGAACCAGAACUCACUGAAGUAAUAACAUACUCUCCAAUCCAUUCUGAUACACCUCCUGCAGUCUUAGCUGAUCCAGUCGAAGCCAUCUGUAGUGCUAACUACACUGCUGUGACUGAAGUCUCUCAAAUGGAAUACGUACCUAGCAUCAUCGAAAGAGACGCCGAAAAGUUUAAAAUCCGUCACGAAUGGACUGGAACAUGUCAAUUUGAUCUCAUCACUGAGGAAUCCAUCGAACUUCAGAAAGAGGCAAGUUUCACACAAAAUCUUGAAUGCGGUAACUAA